AUGUUAUCUGAGAAGCUGGCCUCAGCUCCUAAUAGUGACGAUGAAGAAAGUCCAAUCGCACCCAUCGACAGUUUUCUUAUCCUGAAGUCACUAAUAAUUAAUUAUAUUAAAGAGAAGAGAAUAGCUCUACAAGAACACCGUCUUUUGUGGUGGAAAAUGAACCCCAAAUAUUUUGAACUUUACAGAGCUGUGCGCCAGUAUCUUUCAGUCCCUCCAUCAAGUGUCCCCAGUGAGCGCCUUUUCAGUGGCGCUGGAUUAGUUUACGACGAAUUACGAAACCGUAUAUCUGGAGAAACGGAUUCAAAGUUAAUUUUCGUUAAAUUCAACCUCCCUAUUGUGAAUUUUGACUAUUAA